AUGACCAAAUUCAGACCAUGCAUUGACCUUCACUCUGGUCAAGUCAAGCAGAUUGUUGGCGGAACUCUCAGCAAUGUCGCCGAAGACCUGAAAACCAACUACGUGUCGAAGCUCCCCGCGGGCCACUACUCGGGUCUUUACCAGAAGCAUGACUUGCGCGGAGGACAUGUGGUGAAGCUGGGUCCAGGCAAUGAAGAGGCGGCUCAAGAGGCAGUGCGUGCAUGGCCUAAUGGUUUACAAUUGGCUGGGGGCAUCACAGACAAGAAUGCACAGUAUUGGAUUGACCAGGGCGCUGAGAAGGUGAUCAUCACUUCAUUCCUCUUCCCGUCGGGCAAAUUCUCCCUCGAGCGGCUCGAGUUGGUACUUGCGGCUCUGGGAGGAGACAAGUCCAAGCUGGUCUUGGAUCUGAGCUGUCGCAGAAAGGAUAACACUUGGUUUGUGGCGAUGGACCGUUGGCAGACCAUUACGGAGAUGGAGAUCAAUCAAGAAUCUAUCUCCUUUUUGGAACCCUACUGCUCCGAAUUUCUGAUCCAUGCUGCCGAUGUAGAGGGGCUUCAACAAGGUGUCGAUGAAGAGUUGGUGUCGAAGUUGGCAGAGUGGUGCACCAUUCCCGUCACAUACGCGGGGGCGCGCGCAGCUUGCAGGAUCUUGAGAAGCAAUGGCAAGGUGGACUUGACCAUUGGCAGUGCUUUGGAUAUCUUCGGUGGUUCUGGAGUCACCUUCGAAGAGUGUAUUGAGUGGAACAAGACCCAUUAA